AUGUAUAUCCGAUUUGCAGAAGGAAAAUUGGAAGCAGAGAAAAGGAGAAAAAAGCAAUGUCAAAAUUGUCACUCCUCGAGAAAGAGCCCUGUGGCAGAAACAAUAGUAUGGGCCGAACCCCCAAAUGCGCAGGUCACCUGCGACCACUUCCAUCCCUCCGCACAUUCACACAGUACUCCGCAUUCCUCAACGAAGGCACGUUGGUCGGACGUCGAGGACAUCCUUGAGGUCACACCACUGCCGAAGGAGAAGACGGCGGCAACCACACCCUCACAUGCCUCUCCACACUCCCUCUCUGCUCCGCAUUCUUCAACGAAGCCACGUUGGUCGGACGUCGAGGACAUCCUUGAGGUUACACAACUGCCAAUGGAGGAGAUGGCGGCAACCACACCCUCCCAUACCUCUGCAAUCUCCCCAUAUGAUCCGUAUUCCUUGACGAAGGCUUCGUCUUUUGACGCUCACGGUCUUCUAGAAGUCAGACACACUCCCCUGCACUUGACAACCGACACUUCCCACUCCCAACCCCCACCCUAUUUCCGCCAUGGACUGACAUCGUCAAUCAAUGUUCUCUGCUGCGGCCUCGUCGACCUUCCUGAGGAUCGUUAUUUCGUUACUUUAAUGUACUUCCUCUCCCCCAUUUCGCGUUCUCCGCAUGCUCCCUCCAAUAUUUGCACACCUUCUAACCCACCAUCUCGGUCACCUGCCAAUGCUGUCAUCUGCGGUGAUGAGUCUACAUCCGAAUCUGAUUCCUUCUUCCCCAUUCCCACACAAUCUUGCUCUUUACCAUUCUCAUCCUUCUCCACUUCCACGUCAAUCGACUUCCCUGACGAUGCAUCUAUUGCCUCAAGGUCACACUUCAUCCAUCUCCAACCCGCCCAUGUGUCUCAUCAUGUACGCCCUCCGUGA